AUGGGCCAGAACGACAAUAAGGUCAAUGAGAUUUAUGGCAAAAACAUGGGGGAGCAAAUUUGUAAAAUUCCCAUUAUUGCUAAUGGCCCUAACAAUCAAAGAGUAUGGUUUCACAACCCUCAUAGAUUUUAUACUUCGAAGUUACCGUACUCCUGGAUGCUCCUUAAGCAAGUUUGCUAUGGCCCUCACCGCAUCUUCUGGAGAACUAUUUGGAAGCUGCAAACGUUGCCUAAAACCCGCAUCUUCUGCUGGAGAGUGGCGCAUGACAUCCUGCCCACAUAUGAGAAAAUAUCCACCAUUCGUCAAGAGUUCAAGAGUGAUUUCCCUAGAUGUGGUGCUUGCAAUGAGACUCUUAUCCAUGCAUUGAAAGAUUGCCCCACUACUCGCGAAUUCCUUGUCUUAGGGGGCCUAAACAAUAACCUUCAGUUGGUGAUUAUUCACAUUGGAACAAUAGAAAUAAUUUUUUUUCGGGGUAAAGAGGAGGAAGCCAAGGUGGUUUGGGAAAGAGCUGCGACCUUAUGCCAUGAUUUUCAUAUUCAUAACCUAUUGAACAAGCCUUUGUUGCCUGUGAUUACUGCUGAUAAGAAAUGGACGAAACCCCCUUAUGGUAUUGUGAAGAUUAAUUUUGAUGCCACUGUGUUGAUGAAGAAGAUGGGUUAUGGGAUGCUUGCUCGUGAUUCGGACGGCUUUGUUCUUGGAGAGGGUGCUGGCAUCAUUGAUACAAACAUGCAGAUCGAAUGGGUGGAGUUGAAAGCAUUUGAGGAGAGCCUUAAUUUUGCUAGAUCCCUUAACUUUCCCAACUUGGUGUUUGAAACUAAUUGCAUCAGUUUGCUUAAGAUUUCUGGGACAACAAGUUUCAUGCAGAUGUAA